AUGGAGCCCGCCGCGGGCUUCUGCGAGGACGCCAAGGACCUGGACUUCUACAACUUCGAGCCGCUCCCCACCCUGCCGGAGGACGAGGAGAAUGUGUCCCUGGCUGACGUCCUGUCCCUGCGGGACCGAGGCCUCAGCGAGCAGGAGGCCUGGGCCGUGUGCCUGGAGUGCAGCCUGUCCAUGCGGAGCGUGGUCCACGCUGCCCUCUUCCAGACCCUGUGCAUCACUCCCGACACUCUGGCCUUCAACACUAGUGGGAAUGUGUGCUUCAUGGAGCAGCUCAGUGAUGACCCUGAGGGAGCCUUUGUCCCCCCAGAGUUCGACCUGACCGGAAACACCUUUGAGGCUCACAUCUACUCCCUGGGGGCAACGCUGAGGGCCGCCUUGGAGUUCGUGUCCGAACCGCAGCUGGAACUCAGGCUGAGCCCAGAUCUGGAGACGCUGCUGGGCCAGAUGCAGGCGGAAGACCCCAGGGACCGGCCAGACCUCCAGAGCAUCAUCACUCUGUGUGAGGAGAAGGUGCAGCCUGCAUCCUCCUGCCGCCUGUGCCGAAGCCUCUCAGCCACCGGGAGGCGGGUACUCUCCAUUGAGUCCUUCGGAGCAUUUCAAGACAUCAACGAGAAUGCCUGGAGAGGGAGACCUGCUCCAAGAAGCACGGGCCCCAAAAGGCCCUCUGGAGACUUCAGCACCGACCCAGAGGCCCUGUCCACCACAGAAAGCCUGCCACAGCCCUCUGCCUCUGGAGAUAAAGAAGGGGAGGUGGGCCAGGGCUCCAGACCUUCACCCAUGAAGACGCUGCUGUCAGUCCCCAUGAAAAAUGGCGAGGGCCUUGGCAGGGAAGAGCUGGCCAGCCUUGUCCUGGAUGCCAGGUGUCCCCUUGGUGAGCUGGACAGAGACACCCUCAAGCGGAGCCCCUUGCGGAAAGUGCAGACCUUCCCCAGGCUGCUGACGGAUGGCCCCGAGGCCAGCACCCUCUGCCUGUCACUAGCCAGCUCCAAGAAGCAGCUGACCAUAGCCGAAGUCUUUCCCCCGGACCCUAGGAAGGGCUUUCUGGAGGGGAAAAACGGCCUCUCUAGCUUCAAGACACAGCCCAAAAGCAGGCUGUGGCUUGAGCAGGAACCCAAACUCCAGCUGGAAUGGGCGUCCAGACCUGGCUGCCACAUAAACGAAGACUCUGGGGCCUCCAGAGAACUAGAGGUUUCAUCCCCUGGCCAGAGGCCUGUGGAGAUUGACAAAGCCCUGCUCUGCCCUGUGGACCAUGGAGAUGCAGGCCCCGACACACCAGCCUCUGGGGGUGAAGAAGGAACUCCAGAAGAGACCAGCCCAACAAGUGCAGCAGCCCCUGAGCAGAGCCUGUCCCUGAAGGGCCUCCUCUCUAAGCUGGGCCGGCCCCUCCGGGAGUGUGAGCUGUGGGCCUUGUGCCUGUCCUGCCUGCGCACUCUACAGAGACAUGGAGGACACCCAGCCUGCCUGUGCCUGGACAACGUGCUGGUGGCCGCAGACGGGGCCGUGCUCUUCGGGCCUCCACCUGCCCACAGCACCCAGGACUCCUUCUUCCUGGCUCCGGAGGUGGCUGAGGGAAACCCAGUGACAGAGAAGGCCUCCGUGUACUGCGUGGCUGCUGUCCUAUGGACAGCAGCCAAGUUCAGCGUCCCCCACAACCACAAACUGGCCCUGACACGCAGACUCAAGAGCCUCCUGCUGGACAUGGCCAGGCGCUGUGCCCAAGAGCGGCCGUCUGCAGCCGAAGCCAUCGAGGUCUGCGGGAACUACCUCCUCCAGCGGGGCAUGGACAGCAAGAAGAUUCUGGCACACCUGCGGGCUUCCACCUGCAAGGUCCACCCAGAGGAGCAGGCCAUUGCCCUCCAAAGCACCUUCUCUGUCAUUGAGCUGAAGCCAUGCACAGCUCCUGAGUCUGAGACAGGUAGGUCCCCAGCAGUCAGCCCUCCCACCCACCCGCCCCUGCUCCCAUACCACAGCGCACUGCCAGAGUCCCGUGCGGAGUGGACACCACCACCCCCAGCCAGGGCAGCGGGACGCAGUGAGGAAGCAGCCACCCCCCAGACAGGGCAGCAGGGCGCAGUGAGGAAGCAGCCACCCCGUCAGGGCAGCAGGCGCAGUGAGGAAGCAGCUGCCCCCAUCCAGGGCAGCAGGCACAGUGAGGAAGCAGCUGCCCCCAUCCAGGGCAGCGGGCGCAGUGAGGAAGCAACCGCCCCCAUCCAGGGCAGCAGGCACAGUGAGGAAGCAACCGCCCCCAUCCAGGGCAGCGGGCGCAGUGAGGAAGCAGCCGCCCCCAUCCAGGGCAGCGGGCACAGUGAGGAAGCAGCCACCCCGUCAGGGCAGCAGGCGCAGCGCAGUGAGGAAGCAGCCGCCCCCAUCCAGGGCAGCAGGCGCAGUGAGGAAGCAGCCGCCCCCAUCCAGGGCAGCAGGCACAGUGAGGAAGCAGCCGCCCCCAUCCAGGGCAGCAGGUGCAGUGAGGAAGCAACCCCCCCAUCCAGGGCAGCAGGUGCAGUGAGGAAGCAGCCGUCCUCAUCCAGGGCAGCAGGCGCUGGGCACGGUGAGGAAGCAGCCGUCCCCAUCCAGGGCAGCAGGCGCAGUGAGGAAGCAGCCGCCCCCAUCCAGGGCAGCGGGCACAGUGAGGAAGCAGCCGCCCUCAUCCAGGGCAGCAGGCGCAGUGAGGAAGCAGCCGCCCCCAUCCAGGGCAGCAGGCACAGUGAGGAAGCAGCCGCCCCCAUCCAGGGCAGCAGGCACAGUGAGGAAGCAGCCGACCCCAUUCAGUGCAGCAGGCGCUGGGGCAGCAGGCGCAGUGAGGAAGCAGCCGCCCUCAUCCAGGGCAGCAGGCGCAGGGGCAGUGAGGAAGCAGCGGCCCCCAUCCAGGGCAGUGGGCACAGGCAGCAGGCGCUGGGCACGGUGAGGAAGCAGCCGUCCCCAUCCAGGGCAGCAGGCGCAGUGAGGAAGCAGCCAGCCCCAUCCAGGGCAGCAGGCGCUGGGCACGGUGAGGAAGCAGCCGUCCCCAUCCAGGGCAGCAGGCGCAGUGAGGAAGCAGCCGUCCUCAUCCAGGGCAGCAGGCGCAGUGAGGAAGCAGCCGCGCUCAUCCAGGGCAGUGGGCGCAGUGAGGAAGCAGCCGCCCUCAUCCAGUGCAGCAGGCGCAGUAAGGAAGCAGCCGCCCUCAUCCAGGGCAGCAGGUGCAGUGAGGAAGCAGCCGCCCUCAUCCAGUGCAGCAGGCGCAGUAAGGAAGCAGCCGCCCCCAUCCAGGGCAGCAGGCGCAGUGAGGAAGCAGCCGCCCCCAUCCAGGGCAGCGGGCGCAGUGAGGAAGCAGCCGCCCUCAUCCAGUGCAGCAGGCGCAGUAAGGAAGCAGCCGCCCUCACCCAGGGCAGCAGGUGCAGUGAGGAAGCAGCCGCCCUCAUCCAGGGCAGCAGGUGCAGCUUCCGGCCCAUGGACAGCGGCAGCAGGCGCCAUGCUGGGCCGGGGUCAGCCCCUUGCCGUGAAGGAGCCUGUGAGGGUCCAGUGGCCUCCACCUGUGCGCCCACUCUCUUUAAGCCCAGUGUCCUUGCGCAGGACACAGGUGUGGCCAGAGACCAGCUCACCUCACCCAUGGGGACAGCUGAGAUGCCUGAGGAGAGGAGCAGCCCGCUGGACAGGGAGAGCACAGGGACGCAGGCGGCCCAGGGCCUUCCUGGGGCCACCAGGCCUGACCAGCCGGCGCCCGACACAGAGCCCGAGGGAGCAGCCGUGGACUCUGCUGGGGCCUCGGUGCCCCGUGGCUCGGUCCCAGAGUGCUCCUGCCCCCCAGGGCCCGUCCUCACCUCUCAGCAGGGGGUCACAUCGGGCACAGCCCCCUCUCCUACCCCCGCCCUGCCCCAGCAGGCCCCAGCCUUGCCCCCCGAGCACAAGCCAGAGGGUCAGGCCCCAUCCAGAACCUCUCCGCCUGCAGGAGCCCCGGCCAGCCGCGGCCCACAUCCCACACGCAAGCCUCCCAGGAGCAAGGCCGCUGAGCCAGAGGCAGCCCUGCCAGGUGUGCAGGGCCCCUUCCUGGCCACGGGGGGCCCAAACAGCCCCAGGCGCCCAGAGAGCCAUCCUGACAGGCCCCGGCCACCAGACCGGAAGCUCUGUCCAUCCAGCGUGGACACCCCGUCCCCUCCGACGGCGACUGCCUGCCCCUCAUUGCAGGAAGCCAUGCGCCUCAUCCAGGAGGAGUUUGCCUUCGAUGGCUACCUGGACAACGGGCUGGAGGCCCUGAUCAUGGGGGAGUAUAUCUACGCCUUGAAAGACCUCACCUUUGCUACAUUUUGUGGUGCCAUAUCUGAGAAGUUCUGCGACCUGUACUGGAAUGAGCAGUUGCUGCAGAAUCUCUUCAAAGUGGUCAACAGGCCAGCCUCGCCCCCCGAGAGCGCUCCUGACUCGCAGAGACCUCACCCCCAGCACUCACCGCGCAGCUGCUCCAUCUACAGCAAGAGGCCCUCACCGCCUGGACUGGGCGAUGAGAAGCCGACUGCAGCCCGGGACAGUGGAGACCCCUGCUCACCCACAGCACUGUCCAGCAGGGACCCUGCUGUGCUCCUGCAAGGAAACUUCGAGGUGGGGUUUCGGCCUCAGAAGUCCAUUAAAGCCGCAGAAAAGCACCAACCUGAGGCCGAAGCAGACAGGCAGCAAGGCCCAGGCCCCGAGCCAGCUGGCAGGGCCUCGGAGCCAGACUCAGGGGCACGGCUGAGCAAGCCGGAGGAGGGCGGCCGCACCGUGUCACCGGGCUCUGCAGAGUUCCAGAGCUGCAGCCCCGGCUGGUCCAGCGCUUUCUAUGAGGCCGACUGUUUUGGUGCUGAUGUCUACAACUAUGUGAAGGAUCUGGGGCGGCAGAAGACCAAUGGGCAUCUGGGACCCGAGGCCCAGAGCCCCGAACUGGAGCAGCAGCUCAUGAUAGAGAAAAGAAACUACAGGAAGACCCUGAAGUUCUACCAGAAGCUCUUACAGAAGGAAAAGCGGGGCAAAGGCUCCGAGGUGAGGACCAUGCUGUGUAAGCUCCGAGGGCAGCUGGAGGAGAUGAAGUCCAAGGUGCAGUUCCUCGGCCUGGUCAAGAAGUACUUACAGGUCACCUAUGCGGAGCGCUGGGGUGUGGAGCCCUGUGCCCUGCCAGUGAUUGUGAACAUUGCAGCCGCCCCCUGUGACACGCUAGACUUCAGCCCCCUGGACGAGUCCUCCUCCCUCAUCUUCUACAACGUCAACAGGCCCCCGUGCGGGGGUGGGCAGAAGGCCCGCGUCCUGCAGGCUGGCACACCUCUGGGGCUCAUGGCCUACCUCUACUCCAGCGGUGCUUUCCUCGAGGGCUAUGUGCAGCAGUUCCUCUACACCUUCCGGUACUUCUGCACACCACACGACUUCCUGCACUUCCUCCUGGACCGCAUCAGCAGCACCCUGUCCAGGGCCCACCAGGACCCCACCUCCACCUUCGCCAAGAUCUACCGACGGAGCCUCUGCGUCCUGCAGGCCUGGGUAGAAGACUGCUACACUGUGGACUUCACAAGGAACGCGGGGCUGCUGGGGCGGCUGGAGGACUUUAUCUCUUCCAAGAUCCUGCCCCUGGAUGGCUCUGCUGAGCAUCUGCUGGACCUCCUGGAGGUGGGCACUGACCAGCGGGCUGCCUGUGCCUCUCCUGACACAGACCUAGAGGACCCCAAGCAGGCUGAGGACCCCAGACCCUUCAACAGCCUCUGUAAGAGGCUCUCCGAGGAUGGCGCCUCCUGGAAGAGCUUCUCCUGGAAGCUUCCCCGGGGCAACGGGCUGGCCCUGCCCCACAAGGAGCGCCAGUACACCAUCGCAUCCGCCCUGCCCAAGCCCUGCUUCUUUGAAGACUUCUACGGCCCCUAUGCCAAAGCCAGCGAGAAGGGGCCCUACUUCCUGACGGGGCACAGCACCCACCAGCUCUUCACUCAGCUCACGCUGCUGCAGCAGGAAUUGUUUCAGAAGUGCCACCCUGUCCACUUCCUCAAUUCACGGGCCCUGGGUGUCACGGAUAAAAGUGCGGCCCUCCCCAGAGCCAACUCUUCAGAGUCUCUGUCUACCAAGACCUGCAGCCUGUUCCUACCCAACUACGUCCAAGACAAGUACCUGGUACAGCUUCUAAGACACGGCGACGAUGUCAGCACCUGGGUGGCUGCUGAGAUCGUGAUCAGCCCCACCUCCAAGCUGCAGGUGAACUUGCUGUCCAAAUUCCUGCUGAUUGCGAAAUGUUGUUAUGAGCAGAGGAACUUUGCAACGGCCAUGCAGAUCCUAGGAGGGCUGGAGCACCCAUCUGCAAGGCAGUGCCCUGCCUGGAGAAUCCUUCCUGCAAAAAUCGCCGAGGUCAUGGAGGAGCUCAAAGCUGUGGAGGUCUUCCUGAAGAGCGACAGCCUGUGUCUGAUGGAAGGACGGCGCUUCCGGGCCCAGCCCACGCUGCCCUCGGCCCGCCUCCUGGCCAUGCACAUCCAGCAGCUGGAGACCGGUGGCUUCACCAUGACCAACGGAGCCCACCGGUGGAGCAAGCUCAGGAACAUCGCCAAGGUGGCCAGCCAGGUGCAUGCCUUCCAGGAGACGCCUUACACGUUCAGCCCGGACCCCAAGCUCCAGGCUCACCUCAAGCAGAGGAUCGCCCGCUUCAGUGGGGCUGACGUUUCCAUCCUAGCCGCAGAUAGCAGAGCCAACUCCCACCAGACCCCCAGCGAGAGGCACCCCCGGAAGAUCCAGGACAAGCUGCGGAGGAUGAAAGCCACGUUCCAGUAGCCAAGGCUGCCGCUGGG